AUGAAAGUUAUUACACAUGAGCAAGUAGCGAUGUGGCUACGUGACCAUCAAUGCCCCAUGACUUCGUUGGAACUUUACUACGAAUGGCAAGACGUGCAUCAUGAAUUAUUUCCUGCACCUCUGGUGUUUGCAGACAUGGAUGGAUGUGCCGCUGCGCUAACCAUAAGCGCUGGUACUGUCAAUAUUGGCAUGAUGAACACACUUGUGGAGCAAAGCGUAGUGAAUAUGCUGCUGCUCUAUAAGAGGCGGUGCGGAGCCGCUGCCGUCGCAGAGGCUGUCAAAAAAGUGAUGCUGCAGUCGGAAGUGCCUGACGUCUCCGCUGAGUCGAACGUUACAAGUGGGGGUGGAUCCGCAACUUCGAAUACACGAGUGGUGGAGGUUGAAGAUCAUGGGGAAGCGCAAUUGAGCCGCGUGGCGAAAGCUGAGGAAGAACUUUCAACGGUAACCUCGGUUCUUUCUGAACAACUGCCAACGCUUGUUCAUGCGGUAGAUCCUCUACAGAAAGAUUGUCUCAUUCCACUAAUCAGCCUUUCUGCUACAAUUAGCAGCAAGAAGAAUGAUCGAGUGGCGGCGCGUCUUCUUCUUCUUUCGUUGUACCUUCGCCCCAACGCCGAACACCGAUCAGUAGUGGCAGGGGCUUGGGUCAGAACGCUUCAACAUACACCGCGUACAGUUAUGCGCCACGAAGUAAUACCUGAACUCUACAAUUUGGCAAACGCAAGGGCCGCAGAGCGAAGGAUUUUGGCGCUAACGUGUCUCGAGUCUUUAGUCCAACUCAUGGGGGAGCAAGAGGAAGAUAUAGUUUUUCGGCAGGCAAUCUGUGAGGGCUUACUACUACCUCUUAGUGAAGACGAGUCAAAAACUGUGCGUUACCACGUAGUGCGGUGCCUGACAGCGCUUUGGCCAACGUGCCCAAGCAUAGACUUGGUUGGUGGUGUACAGUGCAAUGAUGAAGUGACAGAAUGUCACUCCAGGUUUCUGGAGCUUCACGCGCGUUUGAUGCUACACGACACCAGCGCUACCGUCAGGCGUCGAGCACUCAGAAGUAUGCGUGAAAGCAUCAUUCCUAACCUUAAGCCACGUGUUAUGUUACUCACGCAUUUUAUUCCGUUAUUUCUGUCCCUUGUCAACAGGGAGGUGCUUGCUAGGACAAACCACGGGAAGCCCAUGCCCUCCGGCUCUCACGCUACGGAUAUUGUAACCUCACAUACCACCGCGAAUGUGCUCGAUGCUACGGACGAAAGUGCUGACCGAACCAUCACAUUACUUGCAACUCUCAUUGGUGAUGCGCUCACCCAUUCACGAGAAGACGUUGAGGAAAGGGAUGUACCGUGCGCGCGGAGUGCUUUUGCUGAAAGAAGUGGGGGUGUCCCCGGAAAGCCGGUUGUUUCCGCCGCGGUGAUCAAUGCUUAUUUGGAUGUGGUACUACCCACAACGCGUUCGCUUCUUUUAGACCUCCACGAACACGAGACGUUGUAUUCAUGUGCCUGUGCCUUGGCUUCGUCGCUUGCCAGGAUGGUUUCCUCUUUUAGUACAACCGAUUGGAAACGUGCGCGUGAGAUGCUUCUGCUCAUCAUAGCGGGACGGGACGGCAGUGAUGCUACCGGAUGGGAGGAUGCCGCCGGUGCAGGGGCAGGCAACUCAACAGUAAGCAGAGAGACCCAUAAGCGAUGCCUGUGUUUUUUUAUAACGUUUUUAACUUGUGUGGCGGGUUUGCAAGACAAGGAUGCAGGUGCUAACUCCGCUGAUGUGCGAGACAUCGUGAACGACGCUACCGCGCUGAUGCGCGAUACCAUAGUUACAGGGAAAACGGAGGAGGAAGAAGAGAGGAAAAGAGUGGUGUUUCAUGCUGAUGCCAGGAACCGACAUGAUGUGUGUGGCUUUGCCUUCACAUACCUCAUGGCGUGCACAGAUGAACCGGGUAAAACAACUGGGGCUUCGGCUGUUCUCUCCGCGUUAAACUCCCUCGCACAAUCACCCGAUGUUCCGGAACGCGUACUUGCACUUGCGUUGGUGGAACGUGUCAGCGCCUUAAUGGAAGACGACGGGGCACAAAUGAAAUACUUGUGGCCAGCGGUGCAUCCCCUGAUGUACGACAAGGUAUUUGAAGUGACUGAGGCGGCAGUAAAGACAGCCGUCUCGAUGGUGGCAUUCAUAACCAAACCAGAAGAUCAGGAGGAGGUGCUUCAGAAGGUGUUGGACACCGUGAAAGCCGAAGGAUACCUCUCGCGUCUCAGCGUUGUGUUUCUACUACACUGGUGCUCGCUCAUGCGAAUAAUAGCUGCCGAACCGCGUGAGCAAAUUCUGUACAAUUACUUGGCAACGGUAGCUCAACAGUUGGCCAAAACACUGAGCCCUACUGCUGUCGUGCCCGCGGAACGAUCGGGCGUGACGGGUCGAUGUACAGUGGUUAGCGUCGCGGGAUCUAUGGAGAUACAAGAGGUUUUGCAAGCUGUGCUCACUGUCCUUGCUGCGAUCCCCCAUUGUGCUGUAGUAACACCCCAAUUGGUAAGGUCAUAUCUUAUUCCGAGUAUCAGACUUUUGUUGGCGGUACCGUCACUUUCAGAAUCUUGUCGAGUCCAGUUGAACAACAUCACAAAAGAGUACGAGGCAUUGCUCUUGUCAAGUGGAAAGAAGCUUCACAGUGAAGGAGGAUUCUUUGAACGAAUACGCAACGAAAUAAAGAGGCGCUUUUAG